UGGAGCUGGUACAACAGAAGCUAUACAUCCAAACUGUUAACACAACACGUGACUAAAUUCCACGAGACCUAUAUAUACACAAAUUAGGCAAAUCAAAAGACACAAUCACCUUAAAUUUCUUUCAAUCAAAAAAGCAUCCUAUUCUCUUUUCCUUAGUGUCGGUCUUCAAUUCAAUUUCAACUUUAACAAGCAUGGAGAAUAUUGAUCAAGAGUACAAACGUUUCUUGGAGAACAACAUGUUUGUCCAAAACCAAGAGAUUGAUAGCUGGGGAUUGGAUGAGGCACUUUCAGGAUACUAUGACUCAAGCUCUCCUGAUGGUGCAGCUUCAUCUAAGAACAUUGUUUCUGAAAGGAAUAGAAGAAAUAAACUCAAUAAAAAACUCUUGGAACUUAGAGCAGUGGUCCCUAAUAUUAGCAAGAUGGAUAAGGCUUCAAUAAUUAAGGAUGCAAUUGAGUACAUACAGCACUUGCAUGAACAAGAAAAGAUUCUUGAAGCUGAGAUAAUGGAACUUGAAUCUGGGAUGCCAAAUAAUAUUAAUCCAAGUUAUGAUUUAGAUCAGGAGCUUCCUGUGUUGCUAAGGUCCAAGAAGAAGAGAACAGAUCAAUUCUAUGAUUCUGUCAAUUCAACAAACUCUCCAAUAGAAAUCCUUGAGCUUAGGGUUAAAUACAUGGAAGAAAAUACAAUACUAGUGAGCUUGACAUGUACCCAAAGGACAGACACUAUGGUUCAAUUAUAUGAAGUGUUCGAAUCUUUGAACCUCAAAAUUAUCACUGCCAACAUCACUUGUUCUUCUGGCAAACUUAUGAAGACAGUCUUAAUCCAGGCAAAUGAAGAAGACAAAGAUCUAUUGCAGAUGAAGAUCCAAACAGCUAUUGCAGCUCGCAAUGAUCCUCUAAGUCCCAUGAGUAUCUAAUGAAGUGCAUAUAUAGGGUUGAGUAGCCUUGCCUUUCAAGUUUUAAUUAGAGUUCUUAAUCAUUGUGUUAUUUAAUUUCUUUCCCUACCUACUUAAUUUUACCUCCAUUUUCAUCCAUUUGUGUCCUUACAUAUGCUUGAUAAUACAAUAAAGGAUUAUGUCAAAUCACCUUGGAUCUACAUCGAUGCGGAUGUAGUUUCUGUUGCAUCCACGUACAUGUGCCUAGCUACAUCAUGUGUGACAUCAUGAAAAGUGUGAGCUCAAAUACUACAUGAGCUACAUCAUGUGUGACAUCAUGAAAAGUGUGAGCUCAAAUACUACAUGACAUGUAAAUGCCAUUUUCUUUUAUGAAAUGUAAACUCCUGCACUAGUAUCUUUAAUUG